AUGAAGAGUAUCACUAUUGCUCUGAAAGCUCUGAAUGUCAUUAUCAGUGCUGCUGAAAAAGCUAAAAUUGAGAUUGAGAAGAUCAAGUUAAAUAUUGAAAGAGUGAAAUUAGAAAUUAAAAAGAAAAAAGUUACUGCAGAAAAGAAGAAAAUCAUGAUUAAAAAGAUAAAACUUGAUAUUGAAACUAUCAAGCUUGAAGUGUAUUAUUAG